AUGAACCAGCAGGUCAUUGACGGCGCUACCUCGAGCGACCAGCAAGAUGACAGGAGGAUCUUGCAGAAGCGAGAUUACUCUGCAGUUUCACUAGCUACCGCGGCAGGUGACGAGCGCGAUAGGCCAACCGACUUCGGACUGGCCUCUGGAGAGGCGGCUGCUCUGUGGACGGAGUGGUCGGAGGAGCUGCUGCAGCACUCUAGCGACCCAUAUCCAGAUUCGGGCGCGGGCUCGCAGCAGCGAUCCCGGCAAGCAGUCGUAUGCUUCUGA